AUGAUGAAACCUUCCAUAGCUGAGCUGGUUCACAGAGGGAAGAUGCUGUGGAUUAUUCUUCUAAGCACAAUCGCUCUGGGCUGGACGACCCCGAUUCCCCUGAUAGAGGACUCAGAGGAAAUAGAUGAGCCCUGUUUUGAUCCAUGCUACUGUGAAGUCAAAGAAAGCCUCUUUCACAUACAUUGUGACAGUAAAGGAUUUACAAAUAUCAGCCAGAUUACCGAGUUCUGGUCCAGACCUUUUAAACUAUAUCUGCAGAGGAAUUCCAUGAGGAAAUUGUACACCAACAGUUUUCUUCAUUUGAAUAACGCUGUGUCCAUUAACCUUGGGAACAAUGCCUUGCAGGACAUUCAAACAGGAGCUUUCAAUGGUCUUAAGAUUUUAAAGAGGCUGUAUCUACAUGAGAACAAACUCGACGUCUUCAGAAAUGACACUUUUCUGGGCUUGGAGAGUCUCGAAUAUCUGCAAGCAGAUUACAACGUCAUUAAACGCAUCGAGAGUGGUGCAUUUCGGAACCUCAGCAAACUGAGAGUUCUGAUUUUAAAUGACAAUCUCAUCCCCAUGCUGCCCACCAAUUUAUUUAAGGCUGUCUCCUUAACGCAUUUGGACCUCCGUGGGAACAGGCUGAAGGUCCUUUUUUACCGAGGGAUGCUCGACCACAUCGGCAGGAGCCUGAUGGAGCUCCAGCUGGAGGAAAAUCCCUGGAACUGUACGUGCGAGAUCGUGCAGCUGAAGAGCUGGCUGGAGCGCAUCCCUUACACCGCCCUGGUGGGAGACAUCACCUGUGAGACCCCCUUCCACUUCCACGGGAAGGACCUGCGAGAAAUCCGGAAGUCAGAACUCUGUCCCUUGUUGUCCGACUCGGAGGUGGAGGCCAGUCUGGGGAUUCCCCACCUGUCAUCAAACAAGGAGCAUGCAUGGCCAACGAAGCCUUCCUCCAUGCUGUCCUCUGUCCAUUUUACUGCUUCUUCCGUUGAAUACAAGUCCUCAAAUAAGCAGCCCAAGCCCACCAAACAGCCCCGGACACCAAGGCCGCCCUCCACAUCCCAAGCUUUCUAUCCUGGUCCAAACCAACCUCCCAUUGCUCCCUACCAGACCAGACCACCCAUUCCUAUUAUCUGCCCUACUGGGUGUACCUGUAAUUUGCACAUCAAUGACCUUGGCUUGACUGUCAACUGCAAAGAGCGAGGAUUUAAUAACAUUUCUGAACUUCUUCCAAGGCCGCUGAACGCCAAGAAACUCUACCUGAGUAGCAAUCUGAUUCAGAAAAUAUACCGUUCCGAUUUUUGGAAUUUCUCGUCAUUGGAUCUCUUGCAUCUGGGGAACAAUCGUAUUUCUUACGUCCAGGAUGGGGCCUUCAUCAACCUGCCCAACCUAAAGAGCCUCUUUCUCAAUGGCAACGAUAUCGAGAAGCUGACACCGGGCAUGUUCCGAGGCCUACAGAGUUUGCACUACUUGUACUUCGAGUUCAACGUCAUCCGGGAGAUCCAGCCUGCAGCCUUCAGCCUCAUGCCCAACUUGAAGCUGCUAUUCCUCAACAAUAACUUGUUGAGGACUCUGCCCACGGAUGCCUUUGCGGGCACAUCCCUGGCGCGGCUCAACUUGAGGAAAAACUACUUCCUCUACCUUCCCGUGGCUGGUGUUCUGGAACACUUGAACGCCAUCGUCCAGAUAGACCUCAAUGAGAACCCUUGGGACUGCACCUGUGACCUGGUCCCCUUCAAGCAGUGGAUCGAAACCAUCAGUUCCGUCAGUGUGGUGGGGGAUGUGCUGUGCAGGAGCCCCGAGAACCUCACCCACCGGGACGUGCGCACCAUUGAGCUGGAAGUGCUCUGUCCCGAGAUGAUGCACACGGCACCAGCCGGAGCCUCCCCGGCCCAGCCUGGGGAGCCCCACCUUCCCGGGGGGCCGACGAGUGCAUCGCCCUAUGAGUUCUCUCCCCCGGGGGGCCCGGUGCCGCUUUCUGUGUUGAUCCUCAGCCUGCUGGUCCUGUUUUUCUCCGCCGUCUUCGUGGCUGCGGGCCUCUUUGCCUAUGUGCUCCGCCGGCGGAGGAAGAAGCUGCCCUUUAGAAGCAAGAGGCAGGAGGGCGUGGACCUCACCGGGAUCCAGAUGCAAUGCCACCGGCUUUUCGAGGACGGCGGGGGCGGGGGAGGUGGGAGCGGGGGCGGGGGCCGACCCCCUCUCUCCUCCCCAGAGAGCCCCCCGGUGGGCCACGUGUACGAGUACAUCCCCCACCCCGUGACCCAGAUGUGCAACAACCCCAUCUACAAGCCUCGCGAGGAGGAGGAGGCAGCGGCGGCCGUGGCAUCAGGGCAGGAGGCAGGGAGCACAGAACGCGGGGGUCCCGGGACACAGCCGCCCGCCAUGGGCGAGGUGCUCCUGGGGAGCGAGCAGUUUGCCGAGCCCCCCAAGGAGAACCCCAGCAACUACCGGACCUUGCUGGAGAAGGAGAAGGAGUGGGCCCUGGCCGUGUCCAGCUCCCAGCUCAACACCAUCGUGACGGGGAACCAUCACCACCCGCACCCCCACCACCCAGCCGUCGGGGGGGUGUCGGGGGUCGUGGCGGGACCUGGGGCAGACUUGGCUGGGUUCCGCCACCACGAGAAGAAUGGCGGGGUGGUGCUGUUCCCCCCCGGGGGAGGCUGCGGGGGAGGCAGUCUGCUCCUGGACCGGGAGAGGCCGCCGCCAGCCCCCUGCACGGUGGGCUUCGUGGACUGCCUCUACGGCACGGUGCCCAAGUUAAAGGAACUGCACGUCCACGCCCCUGGCAUGCAAUACCCAGACUUACAGCAGGAUGCCAGGCUGAAAGAAACCCUUCUCUUCUCGGCUGGAAAGGGCUUCACAGACCACCAAACCCCCAAAAAUGAUUACCUCGAGUUAAGGGCCAAACUUCAAACCAAGCCGGAUUACCUCGAAGUCCUGGAGAAGACAGCAUAUAGGUUCUAA